CCGAAGCGCGGUGCCCGCAGCCCCCCCCCCGCCAGGCCCCCCGGUCCCGGGGGCGGCGGAGCCCCGGGACCGGGGGCCCGGGCCUCUGCCGUGCGAGCACCGAGGAGCUGGGACCCGAGGUGCCCCCCGCCGGCGGGCAGCCGCUGUUACUAUAAAAAAACCCCGUCCUGGCGCGCCCGGGCCGGAGUCGGUGGCCCCCAGGACUGCGCCAGGCGGCCCCCCCGGGGGGGCCAGGUAUGCCCGGGCACCCCCCAGCCAUGGGCAACUGCACCAAGACCCCUGAGCGGAGGCUCUCCAAGGACGGGAGGCAGCGCUGCGGCCCCCCCGGCCCCCAAGAGGCCGAGGAGGCGGCGGAGGCCGCGCAGUCGCCGCCGCUGCAGAACUACUCGGUGCUGCACGGGCUGGUGGGGCCGGCGUGCAUCUUCCUCCGCCAGAGCAUCGCCAUCACCCAGCUGGACCGAGAGCUGCGGCCGGAGGAGAUCGAAGAGCUGAAGCAAGCCUUCCGGGAGUUCGACAAGGACCGGGAUGGCUACAUCAGCUACAAGGACCUGGGCGAGUGCAUGCGGACCAUGGGCUACAUGCCCACCGAGAUGGAGCUCAUCGAGCUGUCCCAGCAGAUCACAGGCGGCAAGGUGGACUUCGACGACUUCGUGGAGCUGAUGGGCCCCAAGAUGCUGGCGGAGACAGCGGACAUGAUCGGCAUCAAGGAGCUGCGCGACGCCUUCCGCGAGUUCGACACCAACGGGGACGGGCAGAUCAGCAUGGCGGAGCUGCGGGAGGCCAUGCGCAAGCUGCUGGGGCAGCAGCUCAACCCCCGGGAGGUGGACGAGAUCCUCAAGGACGUGGAUCUCAACGGGGACGGCCUGGUGGACUUCGAAGAGUUUGUGCGGAUGAUGUCGCGCUGAGGGCGGCCCGUGCCAAGCCGGGACAGGAGCCCCCCGCCGUGCCUUACCGAGACCAGAGGGCCCCGGCACCGCCGCCCCCUCCACCCCGCCACCGGGAGGGGUCCCGGGGCCCGUCCGCCCCCCUCCCGGGCCCGUCCCCACGCUGCCCCCUGCGGCCUCCCGGGGGCGGCGGGGCCGGGUUGGGGCAGCCCCCGGUGCGUGCGGGGGUCCCGGUGCAAUGAAGCCGUGUGCCGGG